GUGUCAAGAUUUGUGAAAGCAGGUGUUGCAAAAGAAGACUUUCAACAUAGUUUCUUCCUGUACUUUUGCAAGGAAAUUCUAUUAUUUCCACAUUCUCUGUUUACAGAACUAAUGGGCAUUGCUAUAUAUACAAGAACACACAUAGCCCAGCUGAAAGACAUAUUUAAAGGAAGCAAACUAGGUUCCCAGAGGCAAGAUGACAACUUGGAUUGGUUUUUGCUUCAUAUUCCUGAUUGCUCUGGCUGCAGAGAGAGGACUAUCCACACAGCAGGAGACAGAAACCAACUGCUGUGCACAGUUGAAGAGCUUAGCAGAAUGUGGGCGUGACAAGAUUGUCCUCCAGGGCCAGGCAGGCAUACCUGGAAUUCCAGGUGUGCCUGGAACAAAUGGACUUCCUGGGUCCAAAGGUGAGCCAGGACCUCAGGGGCCUCCAGGUGAAAAGGGCUCUGCUGGGAUACCUGGAAAAGCUGGACCAAAGGGAGACAAAGGAGACAAAGGAGAACCCUGCCGCUUAGAAAGCUGUCAGCAGGAAGAGGCAAGAGCCAGAAACUGCAAGGAACUCCGUGAACAUGGAGAGACCCUCACUGGCUGGUACACCAUCUAUCCAAUCACAGGGAAAGUGAUGGUGGUUUUCUGUGACAUGGAAGUAGAUGGAGGGGGCUGGUUGGUCUUUCAGAAGCGGCAGGAUGGGUCUGUCAAUUUCUAUCGUGAAUGGGAAUCAUACAAGAAAGGAUUUGGGAGGCAAGAAUCAGAAUUCUGGUUGGGCAAUGAUAAGAUCCAUCUUCUCACCAGUUCUGGUACACAUCACCUACGGAUUGAUGUGGAAGAUUUCAAUGGUUCCACAACUUUUGCAACAUAUUCCAGUUUCAGAAUCGCAAAUGAAAGUGAAAACUACAAGCUAAGUCUGGGCUCCUAUUUGGAUGGUAACAUGGGUGAUUCUUUCUCAGGACAUAAGGGCCUGGCAUUCUCUACAAAAGACAAAGACAAUGAUACCUAUGAACCCGCAAGUUGUGCUGCAAGUUACAAGGGAGGCUGGUGGUAUGGUGCCUGCCACUCUUCCAACCUGAAUGGCCUGUAUCACAAAGGGGAACAUACCUCUUAUGCUGAUGGCAUCAACUGGCAUUCUGGGAAGGGGCAUCACUAUUCUUACAAAUAUGUGGACAUGAAAAUUAGACCUCAAUAGGUGAAAUAUCAAUAUAUUUGGAAUUGUUCAACUCUGACUUGCUGAAUGAACUUAUUAGCACUUGAAUAUCUUCCUGAAUUCUGUUCCUGAAAAAAGAAGGCUAAAUAGUGGCUAUCCAAACAAUUGUAUAUGUAUUUAUAAAUACAAAUAAACAGGGGGGGAUUCAUUUGGGAAUUAAAGGUAUCUGAAAGGAAAAAGCUA